UCCCUAUGAUAUCGCCACGAUAGUGUGAUCAGUGGGUACACAUACUACAUCGUAACUCGUCACUCGUAUGCGCUUGUGAUAUCCAUACUUUGCCAUUUUAAUUUAUAGACGACAGUGUUACUGUGACAGUGUGGAAAGUAGAUUUCAGCGUGUUAUGGGCCAUUGUCAGUUAACAAAUUCAUGAAGAAUGCCAUCGAAACAGAGAAAAAUAGCCAUUAUGGGCUACAGAUCUGUGGGAAAAUCAUCACUCAGCAUACAAUUCGUUGAGGACAAAUUUGUCGACUCGUAUGACCCAACAAUUGAAAACACAUUUACCAAAAGUACACGCGUCAAUAGUCAAGAAUACGAAGUAAAGUUGGUGGACACAGCCGGUCAGGAUGAGUACAGCAUAUUCCCAACGCAAUAUUCGAUGGAUAUACAUGGAUAUGUGUUGGUUUACAGUAUAACAAGCGCAAAAAGUUUUGAUGUUGUGCAAAUAAUCUACGACAAGCUAUUGGACAUGACGGGCAAAGUACAUGUGCCCAUUGUCCUGGUGGGUAACAAAACUGAUUUACAUGUGGACCGAAUGAUAUCAACGGAGCAAGGAAAACGACUGGCAGAUUCAUGGCAUGCUGCCUUUCUGGAAACGAGUGCAAAACAAAAUGAGUCUGUCGCAGAUAUAUUUCAUACCUUACUGGUUGAAAUCGAAAAGGCUGAUGGCAAUGUACAAGAGAAAUCCAAUUGUGUUAUCUCCUGAACUACGUUAGCUAGAUUAUUCGUCCGCCGUCGCCCUUUUCCUAUUCUUUUUAGUACUAUUGUUUUAAUCCAUUAAAAAUUCGAUAAAAGUCUAAUCUCUGUUUAUAAAUACAGAGAAGCUGGCACGGAUUUUAAUGAGAUAUUAAACUAAGCACUGUAAUUAUUUUCUAUACUGUAAGAAACCAGAAUAAAACUAUUCCCCUACCUGGCCACACCCGAACUGGUCUUUAAAAUAUGAUCUUUGUGAAGCUAAUUAAACGGUCACUGCACAUAAGAUUAAUUUGACUUCUUUUCUUUUUUCUUUGACGCUGAGGGAGAAGAUUGUUCGAAAGACAGCUUUUUUUAAAGAGAAAAGCUGUUACAAAUGUGGUGCAUAUUAUUGGAAAUUGGAUCAACGCGGUGAUUUAAUUGUAACAAGACAGGGACGCUCUGCUCAUAUUUUAUCAUCCUGAAUUUAGAGGCUGGUGCUCACAAGGCAAGAUUGAUAAUCAGUAACUUGUCAUCAUUUAUUUAGUAAUAAUAUUCAAUGAAAUAGAAGGUUCGUUUUUCCAAUGAUCUAUAAUAUUCUCAUCUAAUUUUACGUUGAAAUAUUAACAAGUUAUUAAAACAUAGUUCAGUUUUUAUACGAGGACAUUUAAUUUUGUAUUUUUCACCUUCUGUUGUUUAGAGAAACUGAAACGAAUGUCUAUAUAGGUAUAGAUCUCUAGCAAAUAUGUUGAUUUUCAGUCUAUAAUUUGAAGUUGAAUCAAACCUGUAACACUGACGAAAAAAUAUUGAAUGCCGAGUAUCAUAUGAAUUUACAAAAUGUUCAAAUCCCAAUGUAGUUAUAAGUUACCAUAUCUCUGUGACAAUGAGUAUUGUUGUUUUCAUGUCUAAUCACCGUACUUUUAACAAAGAUCUCAGGAUACUCUCCACAGAAAUUGAAAAUUUAUUCUUACACUGUCUAAAGGGUCUGUAUCAUAUUAUAUAUAGUAUACAUACAUAGAUACAUACCUAUACACAACGUUGUUAAAAAAACUGCAAAAGAGAAAUGUAAUAUGUGAAUAUAAAACGAAUCUGAUAUAAGAUACUGUAAAACAUGUAAUGACGUACAAUAAAAGGAAGAAGAAUGAAAAAGUG